UGCCUCUGGUGGGGGUUUCGGAACCUGAGCUCCUAUGGACAGAACUUGCAGAACAGCACCUACAAGGGCGAGACCGUCUUCUGCAUUCUCAUCUGCAUCAUGGGCCUCGUCUUCUUUUCCCACCUCAUCGGCAACAUGCAGACCUACCUGCAGUCCAUGACGGUGAGGCUGGAGGAGUGGCGGGUCAAGCGCCGGGACAUCGAGGAGUGGAUGCGCCACCGCCAGCUGCCGCCGGAGCUCCAGGAGCGCGUGCGCCGCUUCUUCCAGUACAAGUGGCUCGCCACGCGCGGCGUCGACGAGGAGUCCAUCCUCCAGUCGCUGCCGCUGGAUCUCCGGCGCGAGAUCCAGCGCCACCUCUGCCUGGCCCUCGUCCGCCGCGUGCCCUUCUUCUCGCAGAUGGACGAGCAGCUGCUGGACGCCAUCUGCGAGCGCCUCGUGUCGUCUCUCAGCACCAAGGACGCCUACAUCGUGCGGGAGGGCGACCCCGUCAGCGACAUGCUCUUCAUCAUCCGUGGCGAGCUGGAGAGCUCCACCACGGACGGCGGCCGGACCAACUUCUUCAGCUCCAUCACGCUGCGCCCGGGGGACUUCUGCGGCGAGGAGCUCCUCACCUGGGCGCUCAUGCCCAACCCGAGCCUCAACUUCCCUCAGUCCACGCGCACGGUGCGCUCCGUCACGGAGGUGGAGGCCUUCGCGCUCCGCGCCGAGGACCUCAAGUACGUGGCCAACCAGUUCAAGCGCCUGCACAGCAAGCGGCUGCAGCACGCGUUCCGGUACUACUCGCACCAGUGGCGCAGCUGGGGCGCCUGCUUCGUGCAGGGCGCCUGGCGCCGCUACAAGAAGCGCAAGCUCGCCAAGGAGCUCAUGAAGCAGGAGGGCAUCGACUAUCAGGACGCCGAAGAAGGCGCCGGUGGCAUUAUUGGCGGCGCAGGACGACGGCGACGGCACGGGCACUCGGCACCGUUGGAGACGGCACGCCGCUGCUCGGCGAGUACAACAAGGCGGCCGGGGCCGGGGGCAGCGGGGAGCUCGUCUCCGGCACGGCGCCGGGCCCGGCCUCGGACGCCGCCGGUGCCGUCGCGCACCUUGGGGCCACGUUCCUAGCGUCCAAGUUCGCCAAGAACACCAAGCGUGGCGCGGCGCAGCACCAGAAGAGGAUCGACGACGUGUCCACCAUCAAGUUCCCCAAGCUCGCCAAGCCCGACGAGCCGGACUUCUCCUUGCAUACCGACGACGCGCUGUGACUGACGACUGACGACUGACCGACUGACUCGAUCGAUCUCAUCUGUGAUGUGAGUAGCGCGCGGCGUUAAUUAUAUUGGCGUCAUCUCCAUCGAUAGGUCUCUCUCCCAUCCAUUCCAGUUCCACCCGUCUUAUUCAACUCUUGUCCUCAUUUCCUUCACUCACGAAGGUAAGAGUACAAGCCAUGCAUGCUGCCAUAUGAGAUCGAUCGAUCAAUCGAAUCGAAGCAUGAGCCGGCCGCUUGUAGCUGUAGAUAGAUAUGCAUGAUGAUCGAUGGAGUCGCCGGGAAUGAAAUCAACGUCGCCGCGCCGUUGUACUGUAUACUACACUAGUGCUGAUUUAGUGAAGUUAAUUGACCUUACCGAUUGGUUCAGACUA